CUAUUACUAUUAUCAUUAUUAUUCUUUUCGGUCAGCUCUUCGCACGCGCGCGCGAGUGUGUGCAUGUCGUUUGUGUGCAGUGCGCGCGCGAUCGCGUAUGUGUCUAUAUAAUAUUGUAAAAUUGUGUGUACCCAUUUAAUAAUUAAUAUAGUCAUAGAUAGUGCAAUAGAGGUACGUAGUCGCCGUCGAUAAUAAUAUUUUUACCUAUUUCAAAUUUUUUUUCAAAGAUAUUAAAUUUUAUUUUACUAGCCGUCGUUUUCACGUGUGCCCACAGUGCGUCUCCCGGUAAGAUUUGGCGUUUUCGAUACCUAUAUUAUACCCGCGCCGAGAGCGUUUCGUUCGCCCAGCGAUUUCCGUAUUUCUUUUUUUUUUUAUUUUUUUAAACUUAAUUUUUUGACCGCUGACCGAUUAUCGAAAACCGCGGCGGAGGUGUUGACGGUUGCGGCGGCCCACGAUUUUCGGUGACGACCGACCGACCGACCGACGCGUGUCGUAAGGCGCACCUCCGACCGACCGACAGACAGACCGACCGACCACCACCACGGCGGCGGCAGUCGCGUGUCCCCGUGCCAUGACCUGCCAGUUUCCUGUCCGGUCUCAUCUACUACCGUUGCAGGGCGGGACAGUGUCGACCGAAGCCCACCGCGUGAUGGGCGACCUGCAGCAUUUCUGUCUGCGCUGGAAUAACUACCAGAACAGCAUCACCACAGCGUUCGAGAACCUGAGGGAUGACGAAGACUUCAUUGACGUGACACUGGCAUGCGAUGGCAAGAGUCUGAAAGCUCACCGAGUGGUGCUGUCUGCGUGCAGCCCAUAUUUCCGGGAACUGUUGAAAAGUACGCCGUGCAAACACCCCGUGAUCGUGUUGCAAGAUGUCGUAUUCGACGACUUGCAGGCACUGGUUGAGUUCAUCUAUCACGGGGAGGUUAACGUUCACCAAAGGAACCUUAGCUCGUUCCUGAAAACCGCUGAAGUGCUGAGGGUAAGCGGUCUCACACAACCGUCCGAUUCUACUACCGCCAAUGACCAUUCUGCGAGGCAGUCUUCCGAGACACCGCCCGCGGAAAACUCAUUUCUGCAGUCGUUUGCCUCACAAGCAUCUGAAGGCAGAGUGUCGCCACAGGUCAGACAGAGGAAAGGUAUUCCGCAACAAUCGCCGUCAUCCAUACCUUCACCGCGGUCAAAGGAAAACUCUCCGAUACCGUUGAAACGCAACAACAAGACUUCGUCAAACCCGCCUUCGGGUGGCGGUGGAGGCAUGGACCUGUCCGAGAGGACAUCUCAACACAGUCCCAGCUCGGCAGGAAGUCGGCCCAACUGCAACGAUGACGAUGACGCGGGCGAACGUUCAGACGGCGGCGGCGGAACCGUGGUCGGAAGCAACGGCCACAGCAACGGACACCAAUCGCACAACCACCAUCUCCACCACCAUAAUCAACAACAACAGCACCACGACGAACCUCCGAUGGACUAUUCGCGGACGCACCAACAACACCAGCAGCAGCAACCGCCGGCCAACGCCCUACAACACCUGCAGGACACUGCGCAGAACCUGAUGAUAUCCCGUCGGUCGCCCGCCGAAGUCAAAACCGAGCCGAUGGAUACCGCGCCCGCGACCGCCAUCAACAGUAACAGCGUGUACGCGGACGACAGCAACGACUCAGCGGCCGAUUUCACGGGCGUCCACCCGGCCAUCGGCAUGUCCGAACCAGACGACACGUCAUACCAGAGCCACCACUCGUACCUGGACAGCAAGUUCUUCGCGGCCGCCGGCGCCUCGUUCAACUUCAGCAUGGCUGCCGCCAUGGCCGCCGACUCGUUAGCGGGUCUCAACAAUCACAACCAUACCAACGUGAUGGAGGCUCUAGGAGGCUCCAGUUCUCAAGACUGGUCAGAGGCUGGUGGCGGAGGAGUUGGCGGCGGGGGCGCGGAGACGCUGUCCUGUUUCGUAUGCGGCAAGCGCCUGAGCACCAGGUUGACGUUGAAGCGGCACAUCGAACAGCAGCACAACCAGCCUCUGCACUCGGCCGUCUGCAACGUGUGCAACAAAGUGUUCCGCACGCUCAACAGUCUCAACAACCACAAGAGCAUUUACCACCGGAAGCCCAAAGCGUACAAAUCGGCGGGCGGGGGCGGUAACCCGGGGGCGGCGGCGGCGGCAGCGGUAGCGGCUUCGACGGCGGUGGCCACGACCGCCCUUACGACGACGACGAUUACUUCCGCGGCGGCGGUCACGUCGUCGUCCGCGUCGCCCGAUGGUAACGGCGGCGCGUCCGGAUGCACUAACACCGCCGCCGCCGCCGCCUCUGCCGCCGUCGUGAAAAACUUACCGCCGCUGACCAUGUGGUACAACAACAACAUAAACAACAACAACAACAACAACAACUGACACAAGCUGCAGCGGAGCGCCUGAACGGGCUCCGACGUCGUUUUCGUCGUCAAAACGGCGCGACGGCGGAAGAGGAAGAGAACGGUAACGACGACGACGAUGACCGGACAGAGGGACGACGACAGUAUUACAAAUGACCUGAACGAAAAUGAACGAUAAUAAUAUUAUAACGAUAUCCUGAUAACGCCCUGUGUAGCCGACGACUUUAAAGUGCAAUAAGAAUAAUUUAUGUGUUAUUAUAUAAUGUUCAUAUAAUAUUAUAACAGUAGAAAUCGUUUCGAUUUUAAUA